AAAGGAGACCGAUAGCUGACUCACUCGCCGCACUUUGCUCGCCUGCUUUGGAAUUUAUCCCUCUUCCAUUCCUAUGCAUACACCAUUUCAAAUCCAGUCGUCUCCCAACUAGUGUCACUAUUUCUACAUUUACUAAUACUUUGCGAUUUACCCGGCGACCAUGGCUGAUACAACUGUAUGUAGCUCGGAUACCUCUAGCAAAUCAAGCGACCAUAAGGCAUCCAUUCGCAAGAGUAAUAAACCUUUAAUGGAAAAGAAGCGGCGAGCACGGAUAAACACAUGUCUGGGACAGUUGAAAUCACUGGUACUUCAAGCCUUGAAAAAAGAUACUUCUCAGUUUUCUAAAUUAGAAAAAGCCGAUAUUUUAGAAAUGACAGUGAAACAUUUAAAAAGCAUUCAACAACAACAUAUGUCAGUUGCUAUGGCAACGGAUCCAAAUGUGCUGACUAAGUACCGAGCGGGAUUUAAUGAAUGUGCAGGCGAAGUGAUGAGGUACCUAGGAUCAGUGAAUGGUCUCACGGACGAUACACGCACCCGUGUUCUCAACCACUUGGCAAUGUGCAUGCAGUCAGUCAACACUGCUGCGUCCGCAUCAUUGGCCAACCAAGCGGGGGUCGUAGCCAAUCCGAAUUCAGUGGGAGGUCACAUGGGUUCUUGCGGGAUUCCCGCGUCUUUGUUUCCCGCUUUUUCCUCUCCACCACCUCAGCCGUCUAGUGCGCAUGUUCCGCCGGUCUCGGCAUUAGCUAUGUCCCAGGGUAGUGUGAACAUACCUGCACUUAAUGGCUCCGGUUACAGAGCUGGUCAGACCGGAACUGAGGUCAAACCACAGGGCGGUUGUCCCAGUUCCCUUCAGUUGAUUCCAGGGACACUUCCAUCCGGUCAACUCGCAUUCUUCGUGGCUUCUCCUGCUACUAUACAGACUCCGAUUCAAGCGAUACCCGUGUAUACUGCGCCAUCUAGCGGAUCAUCCACACCGGUCUCAAGUCCGGAAGUCAGUCCCAGGAGCGUCAUGGCCGAACGAGUCUCCUCGACAAGCACAGCUCCACAAGAUUUGUGCGGCUCUUCAGAAAAAACAGACACGCAAGAACAAUGUUUUGGGGCAAAAAAUUCUGUUCACAACGGCAGAAUUGCUGAAACAUUCCCUACGUCCAGUCGAUGUGUUAGCCCUGUUCCUGUCAUCUCGCCGCGAUUCGCUCCGUAUAGCCCUACCAGGAGAAGUCCCCAAGCACAGGCCCACAGCCCACAGUCCCAGCCGGUAUGUGACAACGACGAAAACAGUCCCCACGCCGACCAACACGAAAUGGCGAUCGACGGAGAGGAAAAAGUAUGGCGGCCAUGGUAGCUGAGCUGCCUGGACAAUGAACUGUGUACGAAAGAUUGUUGUGUCUGGUAUGUGCUGAGCAUGAAGGCUCUAUAAUCUAAGAUACUGGAGUACAUAAGAGAACUGGUCGAUUAAGCGAUAACAUUACAUGUGAUAAUGUCGACACUGUAAAGCUCUUGUGGGAAUCAACGAAUAUGGUGCAGCUAUUCCGGUCCGUGUCCAGUUGUUGUAUUUUUUUCCCCGAGGACAGAGGUGUCAUUCAUGGUGCUAUUUUGUCUACCAGAGCUAAUAUGCAAACACGAUACACAAACACGUGUGUCACGUGAUCUACCCAUUGUGAUUUCAGAUUAUAUAUUAACUCUUUUUAAAAUCAAAGUGCUUCCUAUUACUUAUACGUACAAGUUAGAUGUUUUCAUCAAUUUUUGCUAACAAAU